GUAGUAAUGAUAAUGAUGAUAAUUAUAAUAGCAAACUCCAUAAAAUUUAUCUUUGUACUUUAGGAUUUUGUGUUUCCUGUAUAUAUAGGUUCUGUCUUUUCCCAUGAAUUUAUCAUCCUGUUCUAUUUUUCCUGGCUCUGAAUUAAUUUACUUUUACUUCUUGACUUUGCUUCCUUUGUUGUCUAAAACAAAUAGUCAAUGAGUGAUGUCUCUCGGGUUCUUUUGUAUUACAUUAAGUUCUGGAUAGAGCAACGCUAACUGUAAAUAGCUUUUUAAGAAGGAGAUAUUUGAGUAGUUCAUGAAAGCAAUAAACCCUCUAACACAGGUUCUCCCUUUUGUGAGAGGUGCAGCAUGAGACCGAGGAAUCCCCAGAAGCACAAGUUUGGGGAGCUGGACAUGUCCGCUUAGGUCAAGAAAUGGCACAUAAUUCAUACGGCAGAUGCCCCUAGUGCUUCCUGCCAAUAUUUCUUCCUGCUACACCCUCCCCCAUCUUAACCACUACCCUGACUGCUAAUAACAUAGAUUGUCUGUGCCUGCACAUGAACUUCAUGUGAGCAGCAACAAAGGAUAGGUAUACUUUCUUUUUAAAUGUGGUGAGAGACAAAUAGUAUAAGACUUCCAUUUUAGCCAUUUUUCUUUUAAAAAUUGCAUUUAUUGAAAGUCAGAGAUAGAGAUGGAGAGUGCAAGGGAGCUCCCACAUCUGCAGGCUCAUUCCCCAAAUGCUUGCAGCAGCCGGGCCUGGUUGAAGCAGAGAGCUCGGUCCAGAUCUCCCUUGUAGUGGCCGGAACCCACAUCGCUUGAGCCAUCACUGCUGCUCCCAGGGUCUGCUUUGUCAAGAAGGUGCAGUCAGGAACUGAAGCUGGGCAUCAAACACUGGUACUCUGACUUGAGACGUGGGCUUCUUGAUUGCUAGGCUAAAUACUUUCUCCCUUUAUGACUGUGUUCAAGUGUGCCGUUCUGUGGCAUUAACUGCAUUCAUGUUGUUAUACAGCUAUUUCCACCAUUCCUCUCCAGAACUUUUGCAUCUGCCCCAGAUGGAACUCUGUACUCAUUAAACCCUGACUUCCCAUUUCCCCUAGUCUCUGGCGAUAAGUGUUCUACUUUGUGUUUCUGACAUUGACAUCUCUAGAUAGCUGAGGAAUCAUAUGAUGCUUUUUCUUUUGUGUCUGGUUUAUUUCACUUAAUACAGUGUCUUCAUGGCUCAUCCAUACUGUAGCAUGUAUUAGAAUUUCCCUUUUCAGCCUUAAUAAUAUUCCAGUGCACAAAUGAUCAUGUUUUGUUCAUCUCUUUGUUGAUCACCUGGCUGGCUCCCACCUUUGGCGCUUGGGGAUAAUGCCGUGCAGUGACCAUGUACCUCCCAAUACCCAUUUGAGUCUUUGCUGUCAUUUCUUCGGGGUAUGUACCCAGAUGUGGAAUUGCUGGAUCAUACAGUAAUUCUGUGUUGAAGAUUCUGAGGAAUCCCCAUGGCAUUUUCAACAGUUUGUAUACCAUUUCACAUCCCCACAGGAUAGUUAAAUUCUCUUUUGUCAUGUGAUGUCAGCAAGAUUCAUUCACAUUAGCGCAUUCUCAUCACUGUAUAACAUCGCACAAGGUGAACAUACCAUAAUAUAUGUAGCCAUUCCACUGUUGAUUAACCACUGGGCAAUUUCCAGUUUUUAUGUUAUUGCAAGCAGUGCUGCUUUUACAACGCAUUUUAAAAUUUGGUCUGUAGUGUUGUUAUUUUGCUUUCUUAAGUUAUAGAAGAGAAGACUGUGUUAAAAUGGAAGCUAUUAAAGUUAUUUCUGAUUGUGUCAUUUGGUUAUGUCAGUAUCACAAGUGAUAGACUAUUCAACCCACACUGGACUAGGAGAAUGGACUUGUUGGAUCAUGUGCCUUGAAACUUUAGAUGUCCAGCUUCCUGUCUGCCUUGAUCUACAGCGGAAACAGUUUCACUGAUGCCCAACUCUGCUCAUGUAUGAGUGUGUUCUGCCCUUUGGGUGAUGGCAGUUGUCAGUCUGGUGGUCACAAGACAAUGGAAGAUGUGUACUUUCUUUCUUCGGUAGUUUGUCUUUAGCCUGAGUCAUCACAGCGCAUCCUAGAAGCAAUCAUUGCAAUCAGGGAUGGAGAACAGGAGGACAUCCCGGUGUCCCCAGAGAAAAACCGGGAGACAGACUGGGCAUGAACGGCAAGCAGGCACCGUGCUUCCUGGUUCAGGGAGUAGCUCACUGGUGCAUGAGUCAACCUAAUAGCAUAGUUGCUAAUGUUCUUGGUCUUCACUGGUAGGAAACAAUAAUUUUUAAUUGCAGUUCUGGUAAGCAGCAUCAAGUUUCACUCCCGAGUACAAAUUAAAAUCAAAGAGGGGUCUUACUACCAGUUUGGAGAUGGGGAUGGGAAGGCAGCCAGCCCCAGUGCUCACAUCAGGGAAGUCUCCUAAUCCACAGAGUAUGGCCUUGUGUCCCGGAGACAGCAUCCCAUGGAGAAAACCUUGGACACUUUUAAUUCCCCCUUUCCCUCGCACAUUCUUUGUGCUUCAUUUGCUUGGUUUUUUUUUUUUUUUUUAUGUCUGUUGAUAAAGCUUUUGAUUCACAAUGAUCGUGAGGGAGACACUGUUGUGAGGAAGAAAAUCUCCAAAUCUCAGAAAGAUGGGAGCGUCCCACCAUGUCUAAAAUGCUGGUCUGAAAAGAGGAGAUUACGAGUGCAUGACAAUCAGGCGAUGCUUCAGUGAAAGUUAAUGCUGUAAAAGCCAGGGAUGCAGUGAGCGAUCACCAGUAGCUCUGACAGCUAAGCUUUUUUUCUUUUUAGAGUAAUUUUUAUUCUUAUCAAAAUAAUGUAUAUACAGGGUUUUAAAAACCUAACAAUGCUACUGGACUUAUGUAAAACCAGAGUCUUGCCUCACCCCUCCCCACUCUCCAGUCCUGUUUCCUUCUGACCUCUUUCUUUUAAUAAUGUUCUUCACAUUUCACAAUAAUGCAUUCAGGUUGUUUUUCCUUAUUACCAAUUUUGUACAUUAUAUGUUGACUUCUUAUUACAAUACAUGAAGACUUAACUCGUUAAACUGCUUCAUUAUCUAUGACCUUAUUUUUCCAUAUUUCAACUGCAUUUUUUUUUGACAGGCAGAGUGGACAGUGAGAGAGAGAGAGAGAGAGAGACAGAGAGAAAGGUCUUCCUUUACCGUUUGUUCACCCUCCAAUGGCCUUUGUGGCCAGCGUGUGGGGAGCAAUCCGGACUAGACUAAGUUACUCGAAUUAGGACUUAUUCUAUGCAUCUGCUCUCCCACAAUAUGGCGCUGGGAGAGAAGUAAACAGCUUCCGCACAGCUGCCUCCAGUUCAACCAAUUAACUGUAGGACUUGCUCCUGAUUGGAGAGCAGCGUACUCGGCGUGUGGGCAGCCGAGUUAGGAUUGGCGGAGGAGGACUAUAAAGGAGGAGAGAGACGGCAUGCACGAGGAACAUCUAUGGGGAACAUCUAAGGGAACCCGUGCAGCCCCCGAGAGAACCGGCCGGCGGUGUGCCGCUCCCCUGCGGAAGUGGGGAAUGUGGCUAGGGGGAACUGCCCUUCCACGGAGGUGGAAGGGAUAGUAGCCAACCCGGGAAGAACCAGCAGCAAACCCGGGGAGGGCCGAGCAGACGAAAAGAACAGCGCAGGGUCCUGUGUCGUUCCUCCACGAAGAGGGGGAGCGACACAGCGCACUGCGCUGACCCGAAGCCAGGAGCCAGGUGCUUCUCCUGGUCUCCCAUGUGGGUGCAGGGCCCAAGGACUUGGGCCAUCCUCCACUGCACUCCUGGGCCACAGCAGAGAGCUGGACUGGAAGAGGGGCAACCGGGACAGAAUCCAGCACCCCUACCGGGACUAGAACCUGGGGUGCCAGAGCCACAGGCGGAGGAUUAGCCUGGUGAGCCGCGGUGCCGGCCUCCAACUGCAUUUUUUAAGGUUUCAAAAAGGCAGAGUUAGAGAGAGAGAGAGUGAUAAAGAAUCUUCUAUCUGCUGUUUUACCCCGCCUGAAAUGGCUGCAAAACUGGGGCUGGGCCAAGCUGAAGCCAGGAGCCAAGAACUUCAUCCAGGUCUUCCAUGUGUGUACAGGGACCCAAGCACUUGGGCCAUCCUCUGCUGCUUUCCCAGGCACAUUAGCCUGGAGCUGGAUCAGAAGUGGAGCAGCCAGGCUUACCCGCUAUACCUCAAUGCAACCCCUCAUUCCCUAACUUCAAAAGAGUUAUGGUACUAUGAGACACUUGAAAAAGUUUGUGGAAAAAAUAUUUGUGAAACAAAUAGAGGGGACUGGUGCUGUGGCGCAGUGGGUUAACGCCCUGGCCUGAAGCACCGGCAUCCCAAAUGGGCAUUGGUUUGAGACCUGGAAGCUCCUCAUCCAAUCCAGCUCUCUGCUCUGGCAUGGGAAAGCAGUAGAAGAUGACCCAAGUCCUUGGGCCCCUGCACCUGCAUGGGAGACCUGGAAGAAGCUCCUGGCUCCUGGCUUCGGAUGGGCGCAGCUCCGGCCAUUGCGGCCAAUUGGGGAGUGAACCAGAGGAUGGAAGACCUCUUUCUCUCUCUCUGCCUCUCCUCUCUCUGUGUAACUCUGACUUUCAAAUAAGUAAAUAAAAUCUUUAAAAAUAUGUUUAUUGUAAUGCAAAAAAAUGAAAUCUGUGCAUAAUUUUUCACAAUACACAUCUUCUGUGAGCCUUUUGAAGACUUUAUGUAUGCACGGAUUUCAGUGUAGUUUUUUUUUUUUUUUUUGGCAACAAAAUAAACCUAUCUUUUAAUUCCAAUUUCCAUGAACUUUCUUAAUUCACCUUGUAUUAUGGUAUGAUGUGUGGUUAACGCAAUAUUCACUGUUUAUGCUUUACAGUUAUGUAGGUAUCAGUUUCCUGGUGGUGCUGUAGCAAAUUACCAUAAAGAGUGCCUUAAAACCAUACAAGUUUGUCAUCUUGUAGCUCUGGGAUCAGAAAUCUGGGGUGGGUCUUAUGGAGCUGAAAUCAGAGCCCUGCUCUCCUCUGGGGGCUUCAGUGGGGAAUCUCCUUCCUCAGCUGUAGAGCUGGUGAGAGCCGCCUGCCUUCCUUGGCUUCUGGCCACAUUACUCCAACCUCGACUUCUUCCGGCCUCCUUCCCUGGGUCUCCUACCUCCUCCUUUCUGCUCAUCAGGGCUCUUAGGGCUCACUGGGUCCAUGUAGAUAAUGAGGGUUAUCUCAUCUCCACAUCUGCUCACAUUGGUGAAGACUUUUUACUGCACAAAUUUAUAUAGUCACAGGUGCUGGGGACUACAGUAUUGCUAAAGGGCUCAUGAGUGUGUGUGUGUGUGUAUUACUGAUGAGCCAGUGAUUACAUUCCAUUUGUGUUGUAAGUGUCUGGUUUCCCUACACUCAGUUGUUGGAGUUUCCACUCCCCAUCUCGUUGACUGUCACCCAUGAUGGCAGCAUGUGUCAUCAUUGGAAAUGAUCUCCUUUGUGGCCUAAUUUAUUUCCCCUGAUACAUGGAAUGCACACAUGUCCCUUUCUAUUCCAUCUUCUGUGGUCUCUCUCACAGGUGGAGCAGAGACUGCUGGAUCCAAGUUUAUUAAGUCUGAACAUGACAGUGGUGACGCCUUUAUCUUUCCUGGGGUCUGAAUGGGAAAAGCAGGGAACAUACACACAUACACUUCCCUUUUUUGAAUGCUUUCCCCAAAUGUGUGCAUCUUUUCUUACUGAAAUUAUUGAACAAUCAGGGAGUUUGAUGUCCUCUUUGUCUCUUGCCUUAGGGUUUUAUGUAUUCCUUAUGGAAACCUUGAAUCUAGAAAGCGAAAGAGUAAGAAAAUACUUGACUGGGCAGACCCUCCCCUUGAUUUCACCUGCAAAGUCAAAACUCUUAUGUGUCAGUCCCAUUUGCACCUACCUGGACCUCUGAUGCACACAGCUGGCUUUGCUCUUGUACCAGCAUCUUUGAGGCCUCAGAGCAGGGGCAGGGGUGGGGAGAGCUUAUUUUAUAGGUAGGCUGGGUCAUCUUGGUUUGCAGAAUUCCCAAUCUAGGUUGCUGUUCUUAAGUGGCAUAGAGACCCUAGUAAUUAGGUUUCUGUGACUAAGACACUUCUGGGGCCCUGGCUAUAAAAAGCUGUUCCCUUUGAAAUCAGGACAGAAGUGUGUACGUGCACUGUGGUGAGUGACAUUGCUGAGAGAAGACACCAGGGAUGGGAAAGGAAACGAUAAGACUUCUCACCCCCUGCCCAAGCUGAGUGCAGAUGGAAUCCAACAGAAAAUAUUUACAACUGGUUGGUGCUGGGGAGCUUCCUGCAGAAAUGGACCCUUGCUCCUGGGGUGCGGAUUCUAGAAUAGCACUGUUGAUUUGGGGCUGGACUGGAUGUAGAGGCCUGGUUGUACCCCAGGGGGAAUUGGCGUGGUUGGAGACUGCUUCAUGCAUGUUGCUUCCAGAGGCUCUUGAUGUCCGGAGUCUCUUUGUGAUGUCAGUGGCCCUUAAUGAUCCACCAGCUCACUAGGGUUUGAAAACUGAUCAGUUGGAGAACUUCUAUAAAGAGAAUCAUUUCCCCCUGUGCGAGGUGCAGUUCAUAAGGAAAGCAGGAGAAAUGCUGGUUCUUUCACAGUGUGUGGGAUGAGUGGGAUCGAUCUCUGUCUACUCCAGAGUGGCCCCUCGCUGGCUGGCUGGCUGGUCUCUUCCUCCCUCCCCUCCAUCCUGACUGUAAGCAUUGGUAUGUUAGAAUACAUUGCCCUUAUCAUUGCUAUUGCUCAGUUAUCCUGUUUUGGGCCAAGUAUGCUGGAUUGUUCAUUUGGCUUUUGCUCUGAAUGAGAGGGAAGAGGCUGGAGGUUUUUGAACAGAAGUGUGAGACAGGAAUGUUGGGAAAGAGCAUGCUGGAGUUCACGUGGCCCUCAAAGUGCAGAGGGUGCUGGGAGGAAGUGCAGAGAGCAGGUAGUAGAGAAUUCCAGCAGUUGAGCCAGGACCCUUUGUAUCUUGCUUCACAGUGGGUUAGGUGGAAAGGAUGGAGAGAGUAUGGAUAUUUAUGCCAGAAGGAGGCUUAUUUGGGGGUUGGGGCAAGAUGGUGCAUUUGCUUUGGGUUAUGUUAAAUUAGGGAUAGGCAAUGCAUGUUAACAUUGUGUAGUCCAUUGGCCGUAUGGAACUGAAAUUCACUUGAGAUCUGUGUGUAGCAGUCUGCUGAAUAAUAUUGUAAUGUGUGUCCUGGCUUGUGGGUUUACCUUACAAGAUUAAAGAAUUUGAGAGUUGAGUUUUAUUUAUUUAUUUUUAAUCUAAGAUUGUGAUGGGUUGGUUUUCUCUUUUAUUACAGCCUGGUUUGUGGCACUCAUGCUUUCAGGCCUCCUAAGGAAUUUACUCUCUCUGCCUUUGUGUUCCUUGACAUCUUUCUUCUUUCUUCCUGUCCUGCUUUUUUAGACUCAAUUGCAAUGGUUUUUGACUCAUUUGCGACCCUCUGGAGGCAGUGUCUGUCCGAGGACUCUAUUUCCGGAAUGAAAUUGUUGCCUCUGAAAGGCUGGAGGCUGGUUCGUUCCCUGAGCCCACACUCAGGGAGAAGUAGGUACCCAGUGAACCCCUGCAGAUGCCAUACAGUAAGUGGGCGGCCGUUAGGGUUUAGAAAAGGAUUCUGGGAAUAUCACAUAGAUGUCCACCAGCCCAUAGGCACCUUUGUCAAAUUCAAAGCAGGUGGUUCCCUGGAAGGGCAUGGACCAAACGGUGACUUUGUGAAAAUGAGCGAAACGGGCUAGAAGGAGCCCAGAGCAAGGUGCAGGCUCGGCAAAACUGGGACCAGGCUGGGGUUCAGCUCCACCUGCCUCCCUGUCCGGCACUCUUGAGCAGAACACAACCUGCAGAACCACCUGUGGCAUCCCUGCCUACGGAAGCCUUCUGGAAUCACAGCCAGAACGUGAGGAUCUAAAUCCUAGCACCAUUGCCUGUUGUGUGUCCCCAGGUUCUGCGGGAAGAUGGAGUUUGACUUCAUAACUGCAUAACCUUUGCAAUGUACAUGACUUGGGUUUACUUAGUGUUUGAGCCAGUUUGGCUGUGUGUGUUUUGUGUGUGGCUGUGGCUUUUGUGGUUCUUGAAAACUAGCUUUCUUGAUAAAGGAAGGUUCUGAGUUCUUGUGCGUCUUCUCAGCAGCCCACUGGCUGCCAAGUUUUAACACAUUUUGAAAUGGCUGUGAGGAAGUGAGUCAGAUACGUUCUUCAUAGACAAUGGCAGUACACUUCGUUCCAAGUUCGGAAUAGUGUGAAAAAUUUUGUCUCUUGGAUAAAUACAGAAUGAAACUUCCAGGCUUUCAAAGUGUGUGUUUUCUUUCUCCUCCCUUAUACAAGUUAGAUUGCUUUAUGAAGUGCACAGCACUGAGAUGCUCUUACAAAUCUGCUUUUCAAAAAAUAAAUAUCCAAGCUCCUAUGCCUUUUCUUCUUGCAUUUCUGGUUGUUAUUUUCUCAUUGGAGGAAUCUGCCUGUUCAAGGGAGUCCUUGCCUCAAAUGGGUUCACCUUCCCCCAGAUUAAGUUAGUUUAUUCCUCUUUCUGAUGAUUACCAUAUAUAGAAAAAAAAAAAGACCCCAAUUAUAUCUGUUCAGUACCAUGCCUUGUGUCUUGUGGGACGUAAGUAAUUUUGUGAACUGCCGGGAAAAAAAUCAGCGCAACUUCCUUGGGGUGGCUCAAUUCUGCUACCCAUGAGUGUAAUACGGAGGUGGAGACAGUCCAUACUGGCUGACAUAAACUCUUUUUAAGUGUGAUACUGUUGCUUUAUGAUUUUUUUUUCCAGCGUGUGUGGUGCCAAGGACUUUGCAUUUCCCUGAGGUGAAAAGUGGGUCUGUGAGUAGAGCGACUUUGUUAAAAAAAAAAAAAAAUCCCGAACCCAAUUACUUGCUAUGCAGAGCUGCAAGCCCUGUUCUGUUAAGGCAGUGAGUGCAGUGUGCACCGGCGUUAACCUGCCGAGAGCAGCCGGCACCUCCUGAUUACGGCUGGAGGUGGAAGGACCCAAACUUACAGGGCUCCCCUCCCCCCCAGAGACUGUUAGUCCAGUCCUUUGGAGAGGUUUGAUGUAGCUCUCUGUCAUCACCGGGACGCUGGCUGCCGCGGACCGUGUGUCAUGGUUACAAUAGAGUGUGCUCACACAUAACAACCAUGAAAGCCCAGCGGGAGCGGCUGCAGAUUCCGGGGCUGACCUUGGAGUAAGUAUUGUCUGCCUUUAAUAUGUGAACGCUUUCUGCAUGGCACAGCCUUUCGGGCGACCAAUAGCUCUUUAGCGUUUGUUUGCGCUGACAGUCCGGGAGCACUGCGGUGUGAGGUGGGGGAACCUGUUUUAAAUGCAUGCCUUUUGCUUACAGCCAGCGUGGAAGCCCAGACCGAGCAGCCCGCACUGCAGUGUGCUGCAUAUUGAAACUUACUGAAGCUCAGUUCUGGAAACAGCUUAACAGCUCAUUGUGAAAGAAUGUAUCAGUAGGCCGUGGUGUAUCUGUCUUUUUUCUGCUCCUCUCUCCCUGUUUGUUUAUCUGCAUGCUGCCUUUUUUUUUUUUUCCUAAAGAAAGGCCCCUGUCUGCAUUGAAUAAUGGAGGACAUGGCAGUGGAUUAGAGUGCCAGAGCAGGGUUAUUUGUGACAGUCAUUAGAUGUGACCCAUGUUCUAUCUGUGCAGUGGAAUGUUAAUGAACCAUAGUCCAUUUAGAACCCCGUCUGCACAGUUUCCAGGCGCUGCCUGCAGUGUGUUUACCUAGUUGAGCUCCGUGUUUGCUUAGCUGUUUGGUUUUUAACCCAUUAACUCAUCUGCCUGCCUUCCGAUGUGCCGGAGAGCUAUGUGAAAAUGUCCACAUCUUCAUCUGUGGCGCAGAAGUUAGACAUCUGUGAUGCCGGAAGUGUCAGCAAAUUUUGAUUUUAAAUCUGUUAGUCCAGGAUGUGGAAGCUGUGAGUUAGUCUGUGCUGGCACACUGAAAAUAAUAGAUGGAACGCUAUAAAUCGGGUAGAAAAAUAGCACAAAUAUCCCUCUUUCAAACUUACAGUUCAGCUAGAAAAUGACAUUUUUGUGAAAUCAGCCCGGUCCCGAUAAUCUGCUACUGGACUGCCUCCAGGUGGAGACUGCAGCAGAGGAAGGGUGACCGUUUCCAAGUAUUAAUUAAUUAAUUAAUUAUGCCCCUUGAGUCUGUAGAUGCGUCAUACGAGGGAAAUGAUUUCCGUCGUUAGUAAAUUCAUAAAAGCACAGCCUUCUGAAGAGAAGACUUUUCCAAUCACUCCUGGUGCUUCCAUGGCGCGCUGAUCUUACGCUAAUGAGGAAGUCACUUGUAAAAAGUUGGAGGUUCUUGCAACCUUCCUGCUGGAUGUGACGUUGCUGCGAAUAGAGAGAGAAGCAGAUGUAGCCACUGCCUUCAUGCUUUCCCGUCCCCACCCCCACCGUGACAUUCCACCCUCACCACGUCUGUGGAAUCUUUCAGUGGCACGCACUCAUUCUCCCACGUAACCCUCUUCUCUCUGCGGUCUGUAAACCCACAGCUUCGUGUUUAAGACCCAGGAGUGCUGUCCUUCAGCUGAGCUUCUACCUCUGUGUUUUUUGUUGUUCGUUGUUUUGUUUUUGGUUUUGGUUCUGCUGCAUCCUUGUUUUCUUUGGAAGUAGAGUCAUUUCACAUCCAGCUUUUCCUUCUUUCAUUUUGAACAUCUUGUUCACAUUAAGAAGAUACACUUCAAAGGAACUUAAAAUUCCAACUCGGUUCUAGCAAGUGCUCCGUUUUCUGAUUUGGACCAAUGAGGGGUGCCCCAGGUUUGAUGACUUUCCACUGAUGACUCAGCACGCAGGAGUCAGUGGAACCCGGGGGCUUCCCUGGAUGAGGCUUUGGCAUCAGGCUACAUGCCCCUGGCCUAACCUUCAACUUGGUAAAUGUGACUGUCUAUUUGAUUGGUAUGUUUUGUGCAGUUCAGGGACUUGAGAUGGUAGAAUAGAGGAUUACCCUUAAAUAUCAUUAGCUCAUAAUUUACUUUGAACAUUUCAUUUGAAGUGUAAAAUUACUUUUCAGUAGAUAGCCACAGAUUCAUUCAUGAAGAAAGCUCGUUCUGCAGCCUUUGAGUACAUUCAGCUUCUGACCACGGCAGAGCCAGUCUUAUCACUGAUGGCAUUAAAAGAAGAUAUAGUGGAUGUAAUUUUAAUUAUUCCAGGAUCUGAUAAUAGGGUCUUAACUCACAGAUCAAAUGUGUAGAACAGUUUUUGGAUAUUCUCUCAUGAGACGUUACUAUAUUUUGGGGAGAGGGAGUCAGGAGAGUUGAUUCAAUAAGCUCUAUAACUGUGGAGUAUUAUUACUUCAGCAUUUUUAUACUCUGCAGAUAUAAUCUAGAAUGUUCUAUCUUACUAUUAAUAACAUGGGGACAGUUACUGGUUCCUAUUUCAGAAAUUGAAAUCCUGAGUGUGAGACGUGAAAUGUAUAAAUAUUUCAAAGAAUAAUGGAUUAUGAUUUUAUACAGAAAUGUGUGAGAUCUAAAUAGCCUACACCUGGCUAAUUUCUGAGAAAGAAGGUAGGUUUGGUCCUUUUAUGAUGUCUGAGAAGAGGGUAGGUUUUUUAGAAUUAGGUUUUGUAGUUAUUGCAGAGUAUUCCUUGCACAUGUUUCUACUUGAUGACGGGGAAUGGUGUCGGUGCCCAUGCCUGCCUAGUUUGAUACCAGAAGGCACAGAUAAGAGUGUCCAGUACUGCGCUGGCCACAGUGCGCCAACUGCAGUGGCCAUUGGGGGGUGAACCAAUGGAAAAAGGAAGACCUUUCUCUCUGUCUCUCUCUCUCACUGUCCACUCUGCCUGUCCAAAAAAAAAAAAAAAAAAAAAAAAAAAAAAAAAAGAGUGAGAUAGAGUGAUGGGUGUAUCAGUCCACAUUCUUGAGAACUUUCCAAUGAGCUGCUAAGUUGAGUCCAGUAUAUUUUAGGGCACAGAUUUUUGAAUGUGCCCUGAAUGUCUAAGGAAAUCAGUUCCUUAGUUUACCAUGUACUGGCACCAAACCAGAGAAUGGUUUUAAAGGAUAUCAAAUUUUACCCUAUUGAAACUUCUUAUUAAAUAAAUUGGCAUACUUGGAGUAGCAGUUUUAUAUUUGCAUAUAGGACAAGCACAGCCAAGUCUCAAUUAUCCACCUAAUGGGAGUUAAAGGUGGCAUGAAGAAUUUUGCAAAUAAGCUCAAAUUUGAUUUUGACCACUCUUGGCCUACUCUGUGUGCCAGUGAAGGGCACAGCUGGCUUGGUCUGUCCAUACACAGCUGCAUUCCAAGACCCUUGUCCUCUAAGGCAAGAAAACCCCAUGCUGUGUGGAGCCAUCAUUCAGCAGAGGGGCCAGAGCAUACUCCUCAGGAAACUCACUGCACUACAGUAGCAGUUUCUGUGUCUCACUUCAGCCUCAGAGUUGGGGUCAGAAUACCUAAGUAAUGCUUAGCUCCAUUGGUAUCUGAAAAAUAGCUGGAGUUGACUAGUAUCAACUUCAUAUUGGAUAGAUCUUUGGCAAGAAUUCCUAUAAGUAACAUAAAUACUUUAGGUUUCAUUACCUCCCUAACAGAGGGGAGACAUGAGGCCAAAAAGGAAGGAAAAACAGAUUUAAAAAUGAACUUCGUGCUAGUAGUCCUGUUGUGAAUAUUUGAGAAUUGGCUGUUGAGUAUAUUUAAUGGUUUGGGUGGGUUGAUGGGCUACAGGGUUGCCAUGGUCCAUUGGUAGCCGAAUGAGAAAAUCUCUCUGGAAAGAAAAAUAACUUCUUGCUAGACAUAUGAAAUUUUGAAGUUCUUUAUUAUGAAUAUCAGCAUAAGAACUCUGUUUGUCCCUAGUCCUGAGGGUCACAGGAAAAACAUUGUUGGUUCUUUGUUAUAAGGAAUCUCACUUCUCCCCGCAAAGUGCUUCAAAACUUAUCUUCCGAAAUGAAAGUGUUCACUGCUUUGCUCUUUAAAAACUACAGUUAUUUCAUUAGAAUUUUUGUAUGCGGUGUCUGAUAAAUGUUUCCAUUUUGUUAUGUUAUGGCUUUGUCAUUGAUUCUUAAUAUGGAAUAAAAUACACUUAUCUAAAAUGACACUGGAUUUUCAGUGAUGCCAAAAUCACAUGUCAGAGAUAUCUGCCUAGUUGCUUCCUGACAAGAAGGCUCAGAUAAAAAUGGCAGCUGUAGUUUUUAAAAGGGACAUUUGAGCAGGAAGCCUCUGACAUGUGCUGUAUCUCAGGGCACCAGAGGAGCGCAGUGAUUAGAUGAUGACCCAGUGGUGCGGAGAGGUGGCCCGUAGUGAUUCUGGUCUCAGGGGAACACGGUCCCUGCAAUGAGCUGUGCUAUUUUUGCCACAAUCAUUUCUCCCACUUGGAAUGACAUUAUUUUAACUUUCAGUCUCACUCCAAGGAGCCUGAGUCCAACCCCGUCCAGCCCAGGCAGUCCCUGUAGUCCUCUCGUCGCUUUUCACUUUUGGAGUUGCCGAACAAGCAACCGGAAAAGCUUGAUAGGCAAUGGACAGUCACCAGCAUUGCCUCGACCGCACUCACCUCUCUCUGCUCAUGCAGGAAACAGCCCUCAAGAUAGUCCAAGGAAUUUCUCCCCCAGUGCCUCAGCCCACUUUUCAUUUGCACGGAGGACUGACGGACGCCGCUGGUCACUGGCUUCUCUCCCCUCCUCUGGCUAUGGGACCAACACCCCCAGCUCCACCGUCUCUUCAUCCUGUUCCUCCCAGGAGAAGUUACAUCAGUUGCCAUACCAACCGACGCCAGAUGAAUUGCACUUCUUAUCGAAACAUUUUUGUACUACCGAAAGCAUUGCCGCUGAGAACAGAUGCAGGAACACCCCGAUGCGGCCCCGAUCCCGAAGUCUGAGCCCCGGACGUUCUCCUGCCUGCUGCGACCAUGAAAUAAUUAUGAUGAACCAUGUCUACAAAGAAAGGUUCCCAAAGGCUACGGCUCAGAUGGAAGAGCGCCUGAAGGAGAUCAUCACCAGCUACUCUCCCGACAACGUCCUUCCCCUCGCAGACGGAGUGCUGAGCUUCACUCACCACCAGAUUAUUGAGCUGGCCCGGGACUGCUUGGAUAAAUCCCACCAGGGUCUCAUCACCUCCCGAUACUUCCUGGAAUUGCAGCACAAGUUAGAUAAGUUGCUACAGGAGGCUCAUGAUCGCUCAGAGAGUGGAGAGUUGGCCUUUAUUAAACAGCUCGUCCGGAAGAUCCUGAUCGUCAUUGCCCGCCCUGCUCGGUUACUGGAGUGCCUGGAAUUUGAUCCUGAAGAAUUUUAUUAUUUAUUGGAAGCAGCAGAAGGCCAUGCAAAGGAAGGCCAGGGGAUUAAAACUGACAUUCCCAGGUACAUCAUCAGCCAACUGGGGCUGAAUAAGGACCCUCUGGAAGAAAUGGCUCAGCUGGGGAACUAUGACAGUGGGACAGCAGAAACACCAGAAACAGAUGAAUCUGUGAGUAGCUCUAAUGCAUCCCUGAAACUUCGAAGGAAACCUCGAGAAAGUGAUUUUGAAACAAUCAAGUUGAUUAGCAAUGGGGCCUAUGGGGCAGUUUACUUUGUUCGGCAUAAGGAAUCCCGGCAGAGGUUCGCCAUGAAGAAGAUUAACAAACAGAACCUCAUCCUUCGAAACCAGAUCCAGCAGGCCUUUGUGGAACGGGACAUCUUGACGUUUGCGGAGAACCCCUUUGUGGUCAGCAUGUAUUGCUCCUUUGAGACCCGGCGCCACUUGUGCAUGGUCAUGGAAUACGUGGAAGGUGGAGAUUGUGCUACCUUGAUGAAAAACAUGGGUCCUCUUCCUGUUGAUAUGGCCAGAAUGUAUUUUGCUGAGACAGUCUUGGCUUUGGAAUACCUACAUAAUUAUGGCAUUGUACACAGAGAUUUGAAACCAGACAACUUGUUGGUCACCUCCAUGGGGCACAUAAAGCUGACAGAUUUUGGAUUGUCUAAAGUGGGACUAAUGAGCAUGACCACCAAUCUUUAUGAAGGUCAUAUUGAGAAGGAUGCUCGAGAGUUCCUAGAUAAACAGGUCUGUGGCACACCUGAAUACAUUGCACCAGAAGUGAUUCUAAGGCAGGGCUAUGGGAAGCCGGUGGACUGGUGGGCCAUGGGAAUUAUCCUCUAUGAAUUUCUGGUUGGAUGCGUGCCAUUCUUUGGGGAUACGCCAGAAGAGCUAUUUGGACAAGUCAUCAGUGAUGAGAUCAACUGGCCUGAAAAGGAUGAGGCCCCACCGCCGGACGCCCAGGAUCUGAUCACCCUGCUUCUCAGGCAGAACCCCCUGGAGAGGCUGGGAACAGGUGGCGCGUACGAAGUCAAGCAACAUCGAUUCUUCCGUUCUUUGGACUGGAACAGUUUGCUGAGACAGAAGGCAGAAUUUAUUCCCCAACUGGAAUCCGAGGACGACACUAGCUAUUUUGAUACUCGGUCAGAGAAGUAUCAUCAUAUGGAAACCGAAGAGGAGGAUGACACCAAUGAUGAAGACUUCACCGUGGAGAUUAGGCAGUUUUCCUCGUGUUCACACAGGUUUUCAAAAGUGUUCAGCAGUAUAGAUCGAACCACUCAGAAUCCAGGAGAAGAGAAGGAAGACUCUGGGGACAAAACCAAAAGCACAACUUUGCCAUCCACAGAAACAUUAAGCUGGAGUUCGGAAUAUUCUGAGAUGCAACAGUUAUCCACAUCCAACUCUUCGGACACUGAGAGCAACAGGCGGAAACUUAGUUCUGGCCUUCUUCCCAAACUGGCUAUUUCAGCAGAGGGGGAGCAAGAGGCAGCUGCCCCCUGCCCCGGUGACCCCCACGCAGAGCCGGAGAAGCCAGCCCUUCCUCCCGAGGAGUGUGCCCAGGAGGAAGCCGAGGUCACCACGCCAGCCAGCACCAUCAGCAGCUCCACGCUGUCAGUUGGCAGUUUUUCAGAGCACUUGGAUCAGAUAAAUGGACGCAGCGAGUGUGUGGACAGUGCAGAUAACUCCUCCAAGCCGUCCAGUGACCCUGCUUCCCACGUGGCCCGGCAGCGAUUAGAGAACACCGAGAAAAAGAAAGUCUCGGGCAAAGUCACCAAGUCCCUUUCUGCCAGUGCUCUGUCCCUCAUGAUCCCAGGAGACAUGUUUGCCGUCUCUCCACUGGGAAGUCCAAUGUCUCCCCAUUCCCUGUCCUCGGACCCCUCCUCCUCCCGAGAUUCCUCUCCCAGCCGCGAUUCCUCGGGAGCCUCUGCGAGUCCCCAUCAGCCCAUCGUGAUCCACAGCUCAGGGAAGAACUACGGCUUCACCAUGCGAGCCAUCCGGGUGUACGUGGGAGACAGCGACGUGUACACCGUGCACCACAUUGUUUGGAAUGUGGAAGAAGGAAGUCCAGCAUGCCAGGCAGGACUGAAGGCCGGGGAUCUGAUCACACACAUCAAUGGAGAACCAGUGCAUGGUCUUGUCCACACAGAAGUUAUAGAGCUUCUACUAAAGAGUGGAAAUAAGGUGUCAAUCACUACUACCCCAUUUGAAAACACAUCAAUCAAAACAGGACCAGCCAGAAGAAACAGCUAUAAGAGCCGGAUGGUGAGACGGAGCAAGAAAUCCAAGAAGAAAGAAAGUCUAGAGAGGAGGAGAUCGCUUUUCAAAAAGCUAGCCAAGCAGCCUUCCCCUCUGCUGCACACCAGCCGAAGUUUCUCCUGCUUGAACCGGUCCCUGUCCUCGGGAGAGAGCCUGCCGGGUUCGCCCACGCACAGCCUGUCCCCGCGCUCGCCCACGCCCAGCUACCGCUCCACACCCGACUUCCCGUCCGGCACUAAUUCCUCCCAGAGCAGCUCCCCGAGUUCCAGCGCCCCCAACUCCCCAGCGGGGUCCGGGCACAUUCGGCCCAGCACGCUGCACGGCCUGGCCCCCAAGCUCAGUGGGCAGCGCUACCGCUCCGGACGCCGGAAGUCAGCCGGCAGCAUCCCCCUGUCCCCGCUGGCCCGGACGCCUUCUCCGACUCCGCAGCCCACCUCGCCUCAGCGGUCACCGUCCCCGCUGCUGGGACACUCGCUGGGCAGUGCCAAGAUGACGCAAGCCUUUCCCAGCAAGAUGCACUCCCCUCCCACCAUCGUCAGGCACGUGGUGCGGCCCAAGAGCGCCGAGCCCCCGAGGUCUCCACUGCUCAAGCGGGUGCAGUCCGAGGAGAAGCUGUCGCCUUCCUACGGGAGUGACAAGAAGCACCUGUGCUCCCGCAAACACAGCCUGGAGGUGACGCAGGAGGAGGUGCAGCGGGAGCAGUCCCAGCGGGAGGCGACACUGCAGAGCCUGGAAGAGAGCGUGUGCGACGCGCCGGCCCUCAGCCGUGCGCGGCCCGUGGAGCAGGGCUGCCUGAAACGGCCUGUCUCCCGGAAGCUGGGCCGCCAAGAGUCCGUGGACGACCUGGAUCGGGACAAGCUGAAGGCCAAGGUGGUGGUCAAGAAACCAGAUGGCCUCCCAGAGAAACAAGAAUCCCACCAGAAACCCCCUGGCCUCCGUAGCGAUUUGGAAAACCAUGCUGUUUCCCGGCUGGAAGAGAGAGAGAAGAAAGUCUAUCCCAAGGGUUUAGAAAGAUCCACUCAUUUCGAAAGCAAAGCCAUGGGGCCAGAGGCCCCGGCCCUGGGCAGCCUGCUCAGAGACGCGCUACACAAACAGGCCAGCGUGCGGGCCAGCGAGGGGGUGGCCAUGGACGGGGCACCCAGGGAGCACAGCCAGGACGCAGAGGACUCCAAACGGGCCCUUGCUGCUGGCCCCCUGCAGGACACUCUCUGUCCCUCAGCCGACAGGGCCACCUCCUCUGGGCGGGCUGAGAACACGGAGAAGGGUUCCCAGGCCAAGGAGCUCCUCCGUGGCGAGAAGCUGGACAGCAAACUCACCAAUAUCGAUUACCUCCGGAAGAAAAUGGCCAUCGAAGACAAGGAUGACAGCCUCGGGCCCGCGCUGAAGCCCAAGGUGACAUCUAGCACCCACGAAUGCCUGCCAGGGACCCCCGGCCGACCAGUGAGUGGGCAGCAGGAGACCCCGAUGGCCACCGCCGAGAGCCGGGCGUUCAUCAGCAGCACCCACGCCGCUCCGAUGAGUACCGUCUCCUUUGUUCCGCUCAAGGCCUUAGCCGGCCGAGUGGACAGUGGAGCGGAGAAGCAGGGCUCGGCGGCUCCCGAGUCCCCGGUCAGGAAGAGCCCCUCCGAGUAUAAGCUGGAAGGAAGGUCCGUCUCGUGCCUGAAGCCCAUUGAAGGCACUUUGGACAUUGCUCUCCUGUCUGGACCCCAGGCCUCCAAGACAGAGGCGCUGUCCCCAGAGUCUGUCCAGAGCCCCAGCCCGACUGGUGACGUGGGGCCCUCUGUGCCACCAGGUGUCCCUGGUGGCGGCGAGAGAAAAGGUGAAACUGCAGGUCCCAGGGAGCCGUCCCCUGCCAGCGUAAAGGUGAGUAAGGCCUACCUGCUGGAGCCUCGGUUCCUGCCGCCCAGCUGGAGCCUCCAGACCUCACCUGGAACCCCGCUGCCCGAGCCAGACCUAAAGCGGGACAGGAAGGUUUCCCGCCUGGCUGGCAGGAGCCCCGCGACAGUCACAGAAGGGGAUACUCAGCAGCGAGACGGUCGCCCCACCCCCACCGACACCAAGCUGUUCCCGUGCCCUGCGCAGAGCCUGCAAGGCACCAACCCAGCCAGGCCGCCGGGGCCGCCUCUUCCCGAAGGGGUCCCCUCCAGGGAGAAGCCGGGCCCGAGGGAACCAGCUGAAAGGGGUCCUUCCACAGCCAGAAGCGAGCGGCCCGCCUCCAGGGCUGAGGCACCCAGGCACCCCUCUGGGGAGCUGUGUCCCCCAGCUGCUAAAUCCAGCGACAACUCCCCCAGUCAACCCUCUGCGGCACGGACCUGCCCGGAUUUGCACGUGCAGAGCCCGGCCCUGGAGAAGGCGUCGCUGCGGCCUUGCAGGAAAACAAACCCCAGGGAUGGCCAGGAUGAGGACAGGCUGCUGCCCAGGGAGGAAGCUUCCUCCUACUUAGCUGGGACUUCUUGCAACAAGGAGCCGGGCAAGGUCAGAGGCUGCCUGGAGCCCAAGGCUGAGGCCGCCCCUGCCAGGCACUGUCUACAGACGCCUGCAAGUGACAAUGACAAGAAAGAAAAGCUCGCCGGUGUCCUGUGUUUGCAGAAGGACAGCCCCAAGGAGCCCGAACGGAAGGAGCAGCCUCCGCCAAGGCCUCUCAACAGCAGCCCUCAGCCCCCACUGCCCACCAAAGACACGGCCCUCCUGACCACAGGACAGCCCGGCAGCUCCCCAAGCCACACCUCGGGUAGAGAGCUGGGGACCAAGCCCGCCGCUGCAGAACCCAGGCCAGGCCUCCAAGACCCUCCCAAGCCUGCCUCAGUGCACAACGAGAGCAGUGGUCACAAGCCCCGGCCUGGCCCUGAGCCCAGCCCUGCAAAGUCACAGCACCCAGACAGGUCCCUGCCCUCCGUGAAACUUAGCGUCAUCGGGACUGCCCAGGGCAAAGAGCCUGCCUCUCGGGCCCUCACCAGCUCUGGCAAGGAAGGCAAGGCUGCGCCGGAUGCGGGCACCGCCAUCCCGGGCGCCCAGCACAGAGCCUGCACUGUGGUUGUGCAGGGAGCAGGUGGGCCCUCCAGCUCCCUGCAGACCGAGGGGGGCCAGCCAGACACCAGGCUGCAACCCCAGAGUGGAGGGCGGCCCCCGGAGGCACUGGAGAGGCCUGCUCAGUGCCCCAAGCAAGGACACCUGGGCCUCCACCAGCCAGCAGACCCGAAGCUGCCCGCUGCCAGUGACAAGCCAGGCCUGUGUCCGAAGCAGCCCAAAGCAGCCACUGUGAAAGACUGCCUGGCUCCCUGCAGGCAGACAGAAAAAAGCUCCAGCCCGCCAGCCCCCGAAGCGAAGAAAGUCCCAGAAGCACUUUAUGCGCCUGCAGACAGCAGCAAGCCCGAGACAAGCCUGUCCCCUGUCCGCACCGAGAGGCCCACUGCAGGGGCAGGCAAGGGCGGCCCAGAAGCGAGGGGAAAAGGCAACACUGCCCCGAAGGCCCAGGCUGAGGCCGCCAAGCCUGGUGGCAUCAAGCGGUCGCCCUCGGCCUCUGGCCACAGCGCUCUGCGCUCCUCUGCCCUGCCAGAGAAGCCGCUGAGCUCCUCCUGCAGCUUCCCGGAGGCCAGGCCCACCAGCAGCGACCCUGCUCCCGCCAAGGCCAGCACGGGCACCAGCACCUUGGAGCUCGCCAUCCCCAGCCACAGGGACCAGCGCAGGGCCCCAGCCGGUGGGGACGGCAGAACCCACAUGACCAAGAGCGACUCCCUGCCCUCCUUCCGCGUCUCCUCCAUGCCCUCGGAGCCGCAUCACCCGGAGCCCAGCGUGUCGGACAGAGCCAGCCCCCGGGACCGGGACCGCGACCGGGACCGCGCGCCCUCGGUCACCGCUGCGGCUGGGGAGACCAGGGCCAGCGAGCCUGCGCCCGCCAGGAAGCAGAACGCAGGCAGAGAGGCUGCCAAGCCGGUCCCGGCCGCCAGCAGCGACCGCCCCAUCGCCCUUUCCUGCGAGAAGGACUUUGUGGUGCGGCAGAGGCGGGGGAAAGAGAGUUUGCGCAGCAGCCCACACAAAAAGGCCGCCUAAGGGGCCGGGGGCGCUUUGCCUGCCUUCCCAAAGCAGCGCUGGAUGGGGGGGUUGGGAGGGGCGGCAGGGGACCGCUUUCCAGAUGCCUUCCCGAUUGGAACCGAGAAAACUGCUACCGGAGAGUGUGCAGAAGACAGCUUUGCACGAGUUGUGGAGGAGAAAGAGCCCUGUAAAUAUCUAGCCACGUGUCUGGUUUGGGGUGUAGAGUGUAUACCUUGCUGCUGAUGGCGUCGUCGACGACAGCCCUCCCCGCCCCCUUCUUUUUAAAUGAGAUCUUGGCUUUAGCAUUUAUCAUGAUAGAAUGAAGAUGGUCAGAACCGGGUGUAUGUAAUAAAGGGAUACAUCCAUAUUCGUGUAUAUACACAUCCGUUGAAGAGGGUAUUUCAAGGCUCCAUUUUUCUAAGCUCAAACAUUAACUAGAGGUAAAGGUGGAAGGCCUGAAACAGAGUAGAUUGUGAGUUUUUACGUGGAUGUUGAACCGGAGUUUCUGAUAGCACUGUAUCUGGCUACCUAUCUUUCCAGGGCCAAAGCAGGAGCCACUCUGAGCACUGGUCUGGAGUCCUCCAGGGACAAAUGGAGCGCUAAGCAAUUGGCAGCCGUCUUGACGGACACUUGGACCGUGGGCCAAGUUGUCCUUGUCUGCAGCUGUGUGUCUGGUCUCCCCCUGAGGCAGGGCAGGGACUAAUCCAACCCGUGUCAACUUCAUUUCUGUUGUCUUUCUCUCGCUUCAAGUUCUUAAACUCAGGCCUUCACGCUGUGAGCGACUAGCGCAAGAAGCACACAUUUCAUAGCGGCCCCUCCCGCCAGCCCUGCCGUUGAGUACACAGGAAGGUGACCAGCCGCACACAGCUGCUAGUGCUUAGGUGGAGUAAUAGCAUUGGGCAUUGGAAGAGGUUUUAAAUUGGCUUUUUUUUUUUUUUUUUGCAGAAAGAAUGGGGGGCGGAUUUUUGGCAUCACAGCAUAUAUAUUAAGGAAUAAUCAGGACAUCGGAUACAUUUUAGUACAUAGCUGGGGCCUUAUGUUGUAGAUGAAGCUUGCUGUUUUUAGCAAGUUCCUGGGUUUCACAUUCUUUUCUGAUGCAUCGAGUAGCUCCAUACAUUUCAUAACAUGAUCUCUUUAUUUGUAUGCAAAAAACCACUGUAAUAAAGAGCAACAUUUUUGUAACAAAGAGACUUGUUGGAGCUACUUGGUGCUUGAAUGUGACCAUCCUUUUUACUUUUGCUAAGCCUUAUUUAAAUUUUAUAUACCGUAAAAUAUGUAGAAUUUGUCAAAUCAUUUUAGCUGAGGGGUUUUGAUUUUUUUUUUUUUGGCAGUUUUUUGGUGGCUUGUUUUGUGCUGUCAGAUAACGCUUACUGACAUAAGUACCAAGGCACUACGAGAAAACACAGAUAAGUUUAAGAUGCUUGGGAUCCACCCCUGGAUUUUAUUUUGUUUUAUAAGAAAAAAAAAUGACCAGUAAAUAACAAAUGCAGCACCCAAAGUCCCUCAAGGAUGUCUUAGUAUCUUUUUGCUGUAAACUUGUUUAUCCAAGCACAGCGUCGUCUUACAGCCUGUGGAUUAUAAAUCAUCGAGCAGAGCUGUAAACGCCGUUCCAAAGACAAAGGCAUAACUCAGUUGUCCUUUGUUGUAAAAUGAGUUGGUGACGGCAAAAAAAAAAAAAAAAAAAGAACAAAGUGUCCUCUUCUUUGCCUCCGAUUUUUUUUUUUCAUGUGGUUUUAACCAUUCCCCAUCACUACCAUGUGAAAGUGUAGAAGAAACAACUGUUUUACCAGAACCUCAAUGACUUUCAGAAAUGGUCUCAACAUUUAUAAUACGUAUCUGUGUUUGGCGGUCAUUAGAAUCCAAUUCUCCUACACUCAGACACUGAGACAGGUCUGUGGGGGAGGUAGGUCAUGGUUUACAGCCUUUGCUUUUUUUUAAGUGUCCAGUUUCCUUUAAAGCACAACUAGCUGCUUGUUUACAAAUGAUAUUUUUAUGUAUAUUUUGUAUAGUGUAUUAUCAUUUCUGCCAAAUAUGUUUUUGCAUUUUUUGGAUGAGUCAAGAGUACCUAAGAUUGCAUUCAUGUAAUACUUGUUUGUUGUUGUAAACCUCUCCAAUCAGCUGGUAGAAAUUCUCCCGUGUUCUGUUUGGUCAGUCUCCGUGUGAUUGUAAGAUGUGCUCCUCUGUAGUACUCCAGCUGUAGAUUUACCAGCUUAAAAGUUUGUUAGGAUCUGUGCAAUAAAGUGUUUGCAGUCUUAUUUUCUCUAAGAAAUUCCCUAUGGAUGUCAUCAUUGUUGUACAUUGAAUAAAUAUUUAUACUUA